AUGGAUAGUUUUACGUGUGGGCAUUAUGCCCUUUUCUUUUUAAAAGCAAAGGGAAGACAUGCCUCUUUUCAAGAUUUUUUAGCCCAGUGGCAUUCUAAUAAUUUAGUGUUAAAUGAUAAGCGAGUCGCAGACCAACUGCAACGUCUUAUUAAAACAGAGCUAACCGAGUAUGAGCAAUCUAAUGUAAACCGUUCUUCUUUUUUCAUUCAUGAAUAAAAUUGUGUGUGUUACUUUUGACUGUGUCAUUUUUAUCAUGAUAUUACGGGGGGAUGUUCAAAAAGAGCUCCAUGCACUGUUAGAAAAAGAGUGGUCUUAUUGGAAAGAUCACAAACAAGAAUGGAUCAAACUCUGUCUGGAUCCAGCAGAACUGUGGGAUGGGUAUCAUUGGCAAUUUGUACGAUGUUUAGUGCAAGCUCAGUUGUGGUGGGACUUAAAAAAUCAUAUAAAAGGAAUAGGUGAAACCCAUUUGAAAGAUCAGAUACUUCUACUCAUUCAGUUGAACUUACCGCGAUUGUAUCAACAACUAUGGCCCGAAAGCGAAAACGAGUAAAAAAACGAAAAAGUCAAAAAGGGGGUGCACAAUUUAGGUGAAAACCCCGUUUGGUAGAUAAAAUAGCCGAGGGAGUUGCCAUGGGGCUGUCUGGUCCUUCUCCUAAUUUUAUCAAAUUAGGGGCCUUUUUAGGGAAACAAGCGUUGAAAGGUAUAAAAGAUAACGUCCGUCAUUAUGAAAUAGGCAAAAGACUCGGCACAGUCUUAUCCACUGCAGCCAAAAUUGGGUAUAAAUUGGGCAAGGACAAACGCUAUAAACGUAUGGGUGCAGUAGGAGCAACAGGACAUUACACUCAUUUUCGUAAGCCGUGGGAAACAUGAUUCGACAACCUGCUAGCGUGAUUGUAGCGGGGCCCUCAGGUAGUGGGAAAAGUGAAUUAGUGGAAAAAUUACUCAAAGAAAAAACAUUGUUUGACCCUCCUCCGAAAAAAAUAGUGUAUUGUUAUGACCGAUGGCAGCCCCGAUUUGAUCGCAUGAAAAAACAUAUUAUGUUUUUCAAAGGACUACCUCCUGAAGGGGCUCUCGUAAAAUGGUUUAAACCAGAGCAUCAUGGCAUACUCAUUUUGGAUGAUUUAAUGGAAGAAUCAGGGAGUGAUAAACGGGUGUUGGAUUUAUUUACAAAAGAUUCUCACCAUCGAGGCAUUACCGCUCUUUAUAUUACACAAGAUCUCUUUCCCCCAGGCAAGUUUGCGAAAACGAUUAACCACAAUGCACACUAUGUGAUUUGUUUUAAAUCACCCAGGGAUAAGACAGGUAUUCGACAUUUACUGCUUCAAGUGUACCCUGAAAAAUGGCGUCAAGUACUCAAAUUGUUUUUAAAGCUGACCUCCCGUCCUUUUGGGUAUUUUAUGUUGGAUUUACAUCCUGCCUCCGAUGACUGUUUUCGCAUUUGGAGUCAUUUAACCAAAGAAGAGGGAGCUAUGCAUGUUCAUACCUUUGACGAA